AUGUGGGGAAGCCUACCCCACAAAACCUGUCUUGCUUGUUUUCCCAUCAGUAAAAUGGAGAUAAUUCUAGAACCUAGCUCACAGAAUUGUUGUGAAGAUAAAAUUCAGCUGAUUCAUAAGAAGCUCCCCUUGGCUGGCUUUCUAGAGAAGACAGAAUCCUUCACCUUCAGAAAUUCAAUGCAUUCAAUAUUGAUAUUUCUCUGGGGCCUGGUGACUUUGACCUCCAGAGUGUCCCUUGAUGUCUUAUUCAGACAGACCCCUGAUGAGCCACCAGGACACAAGUAUUUGGAGGGGACCCCCAUCCAAGAGCUCAGGCUAGAACUCUUGUCCACUGUGCAAGGCAGAAAGAAUUCGCUUGAAGUUGGUUGGAGUUCUCCAGAGUGGGCAGAAUCAUGGGUGCAAAUUCUGGAGGUGGAGCCAGCAGGGCCUUGCCCUUCAAACAUCAUCCCUUCAAAACAACUUUUCCUUCACUCUUCUAGGACUAGAUAA